AUGCAGUGGAUGAGGUGGGGUGCGGUGGCCGCAGCAGCAUUGCUAGGCUUGACGGCCUUGGCUGCUUUCAACCUCCGUGGUUCGGCUUUCACGCUGCGCCUUGAAUCCGCCGAAACCACUGAGACGCGGCGGUUGUCGACACAAAAGCAAAACUGCGGCGAGGAGCAGCCACCGCCGCCUGGCGGGCAGUGUGAGGUGACGAUCCUGCACAUCAGUGACACCCACAACUUGCAUCGUGCGAUGUCGCAGGCAUACCCUAUGCCAACCGCCGACAUCAUGCUCCACACAGGAGAUAUCUCCGAUCAUGGAGAAGAUUGGGAGAUUGGAGACUUCAACGAAUGGAUAGGUGAGAUCAAGCACAAGUACAAGUACGGCGUGUACUUUGUCUCAGGCAACCAUGACUGGAUGUCGGUGGUGGGCCGUGUUGCAGGCUGGCAGAUGGCGCCCGAGGCCUCGCUCGACCCGCACUACCUGCAGUCCAAAGUGCCUAAUGCCCGACUCCUGCACCAUGAGGUUGUGGAGGUUGCCGGACUGAAAAUUUAUGGAUCAGACUGGUGCCCGUGGUUCGGCUAUACCUCUCCAGGGGACUGGUGGAAUAUGGAGUGGAACGCGGGGACGCAGCGCAUCUUCGAAGCCUGGAAGCAGCAGGCCAUGCAGCACGGUGGUGCGAACCCAGUUCCUACGCAUCGAUACUUUGAGAUCCCCGCAGGCACAGACAUCUUGAUGAGCCACCAAGCGCCGUGGGACGUUUUCGAUCAAACAAUGACCGGCAACUGGGGCUCCAGCAAGGAUCUGCGCUCCAGAGUGGAAGCCGUUGGAGCCAAGGUUCAUCUCUUCGGGCACAUCCACGAAGCUCGAGGCGAGUGGCAGAGAUGCGACCAGCACAACCCGGCGGUGAAGGCCUAUUGCGGGGGCGCGGAGUAUGAGCCCAUUCCCGGACAGAAGUUUGGCGCCCGAGCUCCGCCCUAUCCAGGGUAUCCUACGGACUUGAUCAUGAACAAUGCCCAGAUGAACAACCAGUUGACCGACCAAGCAUACACGCACUGGAUGGGUCCGGCUUACAUCAAGGCGCCAGGAAAGCUGAUCACGGCCAAAUGGAGUGGGGGCCAGUGGCACUUCACCGCAGUUCGAACAGAUACGCUCCCACCGCAAGUCAACUUCUGA